ACGCGCUUCCUGCUCUCACUGGGCUGGGGGCUCUCUCAGCCUGGGAAGCAGAAGCGCUUUGCAAAAGGCUGGCAGAGACGCGGCGCCUCCGAGCAGGCAGGAGGUUGCUGCAGCCGCGGCGAGCGGAGGAGGAGAGCGGCGCUCCGAUGCCCCGCGCCAUGCCCGGCUAAGGCUCGCCUCUCCCGGUAGGAACCGCUUCCAGGCGUGCAUUUAAGGCGGAUUCCCCUCCUUUCGAUAUAUAUGCAGGUAACAUAAAGAGAAGCCUGCAAGAGAUCUGGCAAGAUGGUUGCUCUGUCCUUGAAGAUCUGCAUUCGCCAGUGCAAUGUGGUCAAGACGAUGCAGUUUGAGCCCUCCACAGCCGUGUACGACGCCUGCCGUGUUAUUCGUGAGCGAGUGCCAGAGGCUCAAACUGGACAAGCCUCCGACUAUGGGUUAUUCCUGUCUGAUGAAGAUCCACGGAAAGGCAUUUGGCUGGAAGCCGGGAGGACCCUCGAUUACUACAUGCUGCGGAAUGGGGAUAUUUUGGAAUACAAGAAGAAGCAAAGGCCGCAGAAGAUCCGGAUGCUGGACGGGUCGGUGAAGACGGUGAUGGUGGACGAUUCUAAAACGGUUGGAGAAUUGCUGGUGACCAUUUGCAGCCGGAUAGGAAUAACCAACUACGAAGAAUACUCCUUAAUUCAAGAGAGCACCGAAGAAAAGAAAGAGGAGGGCACAGGGACCCUGAAGAAAGAUCGGACGCUGCUGCGAGAUGAAAAAAAAAUGGAGAAAUUAAAGGCCAAGCUGCACACGGAUGAUGACCUAAACUGGUUAGAUCACAGUCGAACGUUUCGGGAGCAAGGAGUGGACGAGAACGAGACGCUGCUGCUGAGACGCAAAUUCUUCUACUCGGACCAGAAUGUGGACUCGAGAGACCCUGUUCAACUAAAUCUGCUUUAUGUUCAGGCUCGUGAUGAUAUUCUGAAUGGUUCCCAUCCAGUGUCGUUUGAGAAAGCGUGUGAAUUUGGAGGUUUCCAAGCGCAGAUCCAGUUUGGGCCUCACGUUGAGCACAAGCACAAACCUGGAUUUUUAGACCUAAAAGAAUUCCUUCCGAAAGAAUACAUCAAGCAAAGAGGAGCUGAAAAGAGGAUAUUUCAGGAACACAAAAACUGUGGGGAGAUGACAGAAAUCGAAGCUAAGGUGAAAUACGUGAAGUUGGCUCGGUCUCUGAGGACGUACGGAGUCUCUUUUUUCCUUGUUAAGGAGAAAAUGAAGGGGAAGAACAAGCUGGUCCCUCGUCUGCUGGGCAUCACAAAGGAGUCAGUGAUGCGGGUGGAUGAAAAGACCAAGGAGGUCCUCCAGGAGUGGCCGCUGACCACUGUCAAGCGCUGGGCGGCCUCGCCAAAAAGCUUCACUCUGGAUUUUGGGGAGUAUCAAGAAAGUUACUACUCGGUGCAAACCACUGAAGGGGAGCAGAUCUCUCAACUAAUUGCAGGUUACAUUGAUAUCAUCCUCAAGAAGAAGCAAAGUAAGGACCGUUUUGGACUGGAAGGGGAUGAGGAAUCCACAAUGUUGGAAGAAUCUGUAUCGCCUAAAAAAUCGACCAUCUUGCAGCAGCAGUUCAACCGAACGGGGAAAGUAGAGCAUGGCUCUGUCGCCCUGCCAGCUGUCAUGCGUUCAGGCUCCAUGGGGCCAGAGACCUUCAACGUUGGCAGCAUGCCUUCUCCGCAGCAGCAGGUGACAGUCGGCCAAAUGCACAGAGGGCACAUGCCUCCCUUGACUUCUGCCCAGCAGGCCCUGAUGGGAACGAUCAACACCAGCAUGCAUGCGGUUCAGCAGGCCCAGGCUGACCUGACCGAGGUGGACAGCCUCCCACCAUUAGGAAACGACAUGGCUUCCAGAGUUUGGGUUCAGAACAAAGUGGAUGAAUCCAAACAUGAAAUACACUCUCAGGUUGAUGCCAUCACUGCAGGAACGGCUUCUGUUGUGAACCUUACAGCAGGUGACCCAGUUGACACGGACUAUACUGCUGUGGGGUGUGCGAUCACCACCAUCUCUUCAAACCUCACUGAGAUGUCCAAAGGUGUCAAGCUUCUUGCUGCGCUAAUGGAUGAUGACGUUGGAAGUGGGGAGGACCUACUGAAAGCCGCCCGCACCCUUGCAGGAGCUGUGUCGGACUUGCUGAAGGCUGUGGAGCCAACGUCAGGAGAGCCCCGCCAGACGGUCUUGACAGCAGCCGGGAGCAUAGGGCAAGCCAGCGGCGAGCUUCUCAGACAGAUCGGAGAAAAUGAAACCGAUGAACGAUUCCAGGAUGUGUUGAUGAGUCUUGCCAAAGCCGUCGCCAAUGCCGCCGCCAUGUUGGUGUUGAAGGCCAAGAAUGUGGCCCAGGUGGCCGAAGACGCGGUUCUGCAGAACAGGGUGAUCGCUGCUGCCACGCAGUGUGCCCUCUCCACUUCUCAACUGGUGGCCUGUGCAAAGGUUGUGAGCCCGACCAUCAGUUCCCCUGUGUGUCAGGAGCAGCUGAUAGAGGCCGGGAAGCUGGUGGAUCGUUCUGUGGAAAACUGUGUCCGAGCCUGCCAGGCGGCCACAGACGACUCUGAGCUGCUCAAGCAGGUCAGCGCAGCCGCCAGUGUGGUGAGCCAGGCCUUGAACGAUCUCCUGCAGCAUGUCCGCCAAUUUGCCAGCCGGGGGGAGCCCAUUGGGCGCUACGACCAGGCCACGGACACCAUCAUGUGUGUCACCGAGAGCAUCUUCAGUUCCAUGGGGGAUGCUGGUGAAAUGGUACGGCAGGCCAGGGUCCUCGCUCAAGCAACUUCGGAUCUCGUGAACGCCAUGAGGUCGGAUGCUGAGGCAGAGAUAGACAUGGAAAACUCCAAGAAACUUCUGGCAGCUGCGAAACUUCUGGCUGACUCAACAGCCCGGAUGGUUGAAGCUGCAAAGGGAGCUGCAGCAAACCCAGACAAUGAGGACCAGCAGCAGAGGCUUCGCGAAGCAGCUGAAGGUCUGCGAGUGGCCACUAAUGCAGCUGCUCAGAAUGCCAUCAAGAAGAAAAUCGUCAACAGAUUAGAGGUUGCUGCUAAGCAAGCAGCAGCUGCUGCAACUCAGACCAUUGCAGCCUCACAGAAUGCAGCCAUUUCAAAUAAGAACACGGCAGCCCACCAGCAACUUGUCCAGAGCUGUAAGAAUGUUGCAGAUCACAUUCCACAGCUUGUCCAGGGUGUGCGUGGAAGCCAGGCCCAGGCAGAAGACUUGAGUGCUCAACUUGCACUGAUAAACUCCAGCCAAAUCUUCCUCCAGCCAGGGAGCAAAAUGGUGGCCUCCGCUAAAGCAGCUGUGCCUACAGUGGCAGACCAGGCUGCGGCGAUGCAAUUGAGCCAGUGUGCCAAGAAUCUUGCCACCAGCCUUGCCGAGCUAAGGACUGCCUCCCAAAAGGCGCAUGAAGCCUGUGGACCCAUGGAAAUUGACUCUGCCUUGAACACUGUUCAAACACUCAAAAAUGAGCUGCAGGAUGCAAAGAUGGCAGCCGUUGAUGGGCAGUUGAAACCACUUCCAGGAGAAACGCUUGAAAAAUGUGCUCAGGACCUGGGAAGCACCUCCAAAGCAGUCGGUUCUUCAAUGGCCCAACUGCUGACUUGUGCAGCACAAGGCAAUGAACACUAUACAGGGGUUGCUGCCAGAGAGACGGCACAUGCCUUGAAGACUUUGGCUCAGGCGGCCCGAGGUGUUUCUGCAUCCACCAGUGACCCAACAGCAGCCCACGCAAUGUUGGACUCGGCGCGGGAUGUCAUGGAAGGCUCAGCAAUGCUAAUCCAGGAAGCAAAGCAGGCUUUGGUGGCUCCUGGCGAUGCAGAAAGCCAACAGAGGCUGGCCCAGGUGGCCAAAGCUGUCUCCCAUUCUUUGAACAACUGUGUGAACUGCCUUCCUGGCCAAAAGGAUGUGGAUGUAGCAUUGAAAAGCAUUGGUGAAUCCAGCAAAAAAUUGCUUGUGGAAUCGCUGCCUCCCAGUUCAAAAUCAUUCCAAGAAGCACAGAGUGAACUCAACCAGGCUGCAGCUGACCUGAACCAGUCAGCGGGGGAGGUUGUCCAUGCCACGCGGGGCCAGAGCGGGGAGCUGGCAGCUGCUUCCGGAAAAUUCAGUGAAGACUUUGACGAGUUCCUUGAUGCUGGGAUUGAAAUGGCUGGGCAAGCUCAGACAAAAGAGGACCAAAUUCAAGUCGUUGGGAACCUCAAGAACAUCUCCAUGGCUUCCAGCAAGUUGCUUCUGGCUGCCAAGUCUCUCUCGGUGGAUCCCGGUGCUCCCAAUGCCAAGAACCUCUUGGCAGCGGCUGCAAGGGCUGUGACUGAGAGUAUAAAUCAGCUCAUCACUUUGUGUACUCAGCAAGCGCCGGGCCAAAAAGAGUGUGACAACGCUCUCCGGGAACUGGAGACGGUUAAAGAAAUGCUGGAAAACCCCAAUGAACCUGUUAGCGACCUCUCUUAUUUUGACUGCAUUGAAGGUGUUAUGGAAAACUCCAAGGUUCUGGGAGAGGCGAUGGCUGGAAUUUCUCAGAAUGCCAAGACAGGGGACCUCCCAGUCUUUGGCGAGUGUGUUGGGGUGGCUUCCAAGGCCCUUUGUGGCCUCACUGAAGCAGCAGCUCAGGCUGCUUACCUGGUUGGCAUCUCGGAUCCCAACAGCCAGGCCGGUCAGCAGGGGCUUGUUGAUCCUAUCCAGUUUGCCAGGGCCAAUCAAGCUAUCCAAAUGGCAUGUCAGAACUUGGUGGACCCAGGAAGCAGCCCAUCCCAGGUCUUGUCAGCAGCUACAAUUGUGGCAAAGCACACUUCUGCACUGUGUAAUGCAUGCCGCAUUGCUUCGUCCAAGACAGCCAACCCCGUUGCAAAGAGGCACUUUGUCCAGUCUGCAAAGGAAGUGGCAAACAGCACUGCCAACCUGGUUAAAACUAUCAAGGCCUUGGAUGGUGACUUCUCAGAAGAUAACCGGAAUAAGUGCCGGAUUGCAACUGCUCCAUUGAUUGAAGCUGUGGAAAACCUAACAGCCUUUGCAUCAAACCCGGAGUUUGUCAGCAUCCCGGCCCAGAUCAGUGCCGAGGGUUCUCGGGCACAGGAACCAAUCCUGACUUCUGCCCGGACUAUGCUAGAGAGCUCGUCCUCUUUAAUCAAAACUGCUCGCUCACUGGCAAUCAACCCCAAAGACCCUCCCACGUGGUCCAUUCUCGCUGGGCACUCACACACUGUGUCCGAGUCCAUUAAGAGCCUCAUCACAUCCAUCAGAGACAAAGCCCCCGGCCAGCGGGAGUGUGACUACUCCAUAGAUGGGAUCAAUAGAUGCAUCAGGGACAUUGAGCAGGCCUCGCUUGCAGCUGUCAGUCAGAACCUGGCCACGAGGGAUGACAUUUCUGUUGAGGCCUUGCAGGAGCAGCUGACGUCGGUCGUCCAGGAAAUUGGGCAUCUGAUUGACCCCAUUGCUACAGCCGCUCGAGGCGAAGCCGCUCAGCUGGGCCACAAGGUGACGCAGGUAGCCAGCUAUUUUGAACCACUGGUUCUUGCUGCUGUCGGUGUGGUAUCCAAGUUGAUGAGCCACCAGCAACAAAUGACCUUAUUGGACCAGACCAAGACUCUGGCGGAAUCUGCCCUCCAGAUGCUCUACGCAGCCAAAGAAGGGGGAGGAAACCCCAAGGCUUCACACACUCACGAUGCCAUCACGGAAGCUGCCCAGCUGAUGAAGGAAGCGGUGGAUGAUAUCAUGGUUACCUUGAAUGAAGCUGCCAGCGAAGUAGGGAUGGUGGGAAACAUGGUGGACUCGAUAGCUGAAGCCAUGAGCAAGCUGGACGAGGGCACACCACCAGAACCCAAUGGAACCUACGUUGACUAUCAGACCACCGUAGUCAAAUACUCCAAAGCCAUUGCAGUAACAGCCCAAGAAAUGAUGACGAAGGCGGUUACUAAUCCAGAGGAGCUGGGAGGACUCGCUUCACAAAUGACCACAGACUACGGUCACUUGGCAUUUCAGGGACGGAUGGCAGCCGCUACAGCAGAACCGGAGGAGAUAGGCUUCCAGAUCAGAACACGGGUUCAGGAACUUGGCCACAGCUGCAUCUUCCUGGUCCAGAAGGCUGGUGCUCUACAGAUAUGUCCCACAGAUAGCUACACCAAGAGGGAGCUGAUAGAGUGUGCUCGGGCAGUCAGCGAGAAGGUGUCCUUAGUUCUGUCAGCCCUGCAGGCAGGCAACAAAGGCACCCAGGCGUGCAUCACGGCUGCUAGCGCCGUCUCAGGCAUCAUCGCCGACCUGGACACCACCAUCAUGUUCGCCACGGCCGGAACACUGAAUGCUGAGAACAACGAAUCCUUUGCAGACCACAGGGAAAAUAUUCUGAAGACAGCAAAAGCUUUGGUUGAAGACACAAAGCUGUUGGUAUCUGGGGCUGCCUCAAGCCAGGACAAGCUUGCUCAAGCAGCUCAGUCAUCCGCAAGCACCAUCACUCAACUGGCUGAGGUUGUGAAACUGGGAGCAGCCAGCCUGGGAUCAAGUGACCCAGAAACACAGGUUGUGCUGAUCAAUGCUAUUAAGGAUGUGGCAAAGGCCUUGUCUGACCUCAUAGGCGCAACCAAAGGAGCCGCCAGCAAGCCUGCAGAUGACCCAUCCAUGUACCAGCUCAAGGGAGCAGCAAAGGUAAUGGUAACAAACGUCACAUCACUACUGAAGACUGUGAAAGCCGUAGAAGAUGAAGCAACGCGAGGGACAAGAGCGCUUGAGGCUACGAUUGAGUACAUCAAGCAAGAACUCACGGUGUUUCAGUCAAAAGAUAUUCCUGAAAAGAACUCAUCACCUGAAGAAUCGAUCCGGAUGACGAAAGGCAUCACCAUGGCGACAGCCAAAGCCGUAGCAGCUGGGAACUCAUGCCGACAGGAGGACGUGAUUGCUACAGCCAACCUGAGCCGCAAAGCUGUAGCUGAUAUGCUGGCAGCUUGCAAGCAAGCUUCGUACCACCACGACGUAAGCGAAGAUGUCCGGACAAGAGCUCUCCACUAUGGAACAGAGUGCACCCUGGGAUACCUGGAGCUGCUGGAACACGUUCUCAUGAUUCUCCAGAAGCCCACCCCAGAACUGAAGCAUCAGUUGGCUGCCUUGUCAAAGAGGGUCGCUAGUGCUGUCACAGAGCUCAUACAGUCAGCCGAAGCAAUGAAAGGCACCGAAUGGGUAGAUCCAGAGGACCCCACAGUCAUUGCCGAGACAGAGUUGUUGGGAGCUGCUGCAUCGAUUGAAGCUGCUGCAAAGAAGUUGGAGCAGUUAAAGCCAAGAGCCAAGCCUAAGCAGGCAGACGAGACCCUGGAUUUUGAAGAGCAGAUCCUCGAAGCAGCUAAAUCCAUUGCAGCUGCCACCAGCGCGCUUGUCAAGUCCGCGUCUGCAGCUCAGAGGGAGCUGGUUGCCCAGGGCAAGGUUGGAGCCAGCCCUGCCAAUGCAGCUGAUGAUGGACAGUGGUCUCAGGGACUUAUUUCUGCCGCCCGAAUGGUGGCGGCUGCCACCAGCAACCUCUGCGAAGCUGCCAAUGCUUCAGUCCAAGGCCACGCCAGCGAGGAGAAACUGAUCUCCUCUGCCAAGCAAGUGGCAGCGUCCACAGCACAGUUGCUGGUGGCUUGUAAAGUGAAAGCAGAUCAGGACUCGGAGGCCAUGAGGAGGCUGCAGGCCGCAGGGAAUGCUGUCAAACGUGCAUCGGAUAAUCUGGUCAGGGCAGCCCAGAAGGCGGCGUUUGGUAAGGCUGAUGAUGACGAUGUCGUGGUGAAAACAAAGUUCGUCGGAGGCAUUGCACAGAUCAUUGCAGCACAGGAGGAGAUGCUGAAGAAGGAACGGGAGCUGGAAGAGGCGAGGAAAAAGCUAGCCCAGAUUCGUCAGCAGCAAUACAAAUUUCUCCCUACUGAACUGCGGGAAGAUGAAGGCUAACCUUUCCCUGGUGGUUUUGCUUGAAAGAAACCUGAACUGAAGGGGAAGAAGAUGAAGAAAUUACCAGGCACUUCCUGAAAUAGGUUUUGGGGCAGGAGAGAAGCAGAGGGUGGGCUGUUGUUUCUCGACUCUUCAGCUACGGUGCGCUGGUCUGAUGGUACAGUGUUAUGGUCCGGUCCCGUCCCCCCAUCCUGCCCUUAUUUGCUGUAUCUCAGGAGAGAGAGCCUCACUUUUUUUACACAAGGGUUAUAAAGUCAGUAUUAUAUCAUAAUCAGAAGUUUUGAUCUAUUUAUUAUUCUCUUUGACUAGCGUUAAGGACUUUGGUAUUAUAAUAUGUAGGAAGACGGUGUUUAGAAGUCCAUGAUUCAAAUAAGCUUCCCAAAUGGAACUGCUGUUGAGUUUUCUUCUUUUUCUUCUUCCUCUUUUCCUCCCUUUCUUUCUUUCUUUCUUUUUCUUGUGUCCUCUUUCCUUCCAAGACUGAGGCAGCAGCCAUGUCCCAGAGAAACCAGACAUUUGAAUGUGUUGGCUUUAUGGAGGGAAAGUAUUUGUCCUCUCCAGUGUCAUAUAGGGCUGCUUCGCUCUAAAUGUUGGGGGAACUUUCUCGGUAACUGUUUGCACUACAAGUAUCCAUAUCGGCACAUUGCCACGCGUCACCCCAUUCUUUGUGCAGUGGUUUUUUUUUUCUUGGGGGGGGGGGCGUGGAUUCAGGUUUCUAGCCCACAAGGAAUUAGAAUACUUAUCCUUUUGGUGGGAAUAAAGUAACCCAAGGAAGACAAACCGACGUGCAUUUUUUAAAAAAGUGCAGAGUAGCAGGUUCAUGAAGGAAAAUGCCUUUUUGUUUAAGUAUACCUCUCGCUUAAAUCAGCCUUUGCUAACCUGUUGCCCUCUGGAUGUUUGAGACUACAAUUCCCAUCAGCCCUAGCCAGUACCAGUCUGUUAAUACAAAACACAUCUCAGUCUUAAUCUCAACAGCUUUUCUCGCUCAUUUUAGUGAAGAACUGGCUUAUAUUAUGAAUUUGUGCUUGAACAUCCCUAGAUGUGAUCCAUGAGGUGUAAUAUCAGAGAGGAUGCCACUUCUGUGGAAUCUCUCCUACCCACUGCUCCCUUCCCCAUACUUUUACAAAUGUUACAUUUUGCAGGGGAAAUCAAAAGCUGCUUUUAUCAACUGUGAAGAAAAAUAUCUGGAAAUUUAACGGCUGGCCAGUAAAAUAGUAUUUUUCUGGGAGAUGAACGUUGUGUUGCUAUCCAAGGAACAGCAUUCUAUAAAAAAAUAAACUUAAGAAAAUGCUAUUUCAAAGGUAUUGCAAUGCUCUUCACCCAAUGUGGCAUAAAUCCUCAGACAAGAUACCAUUACAUUUGUUAUGUUUCUCAUACAAACAGACUUUGCCACAUAACUGAAAAAGGGGAAACUAAACUGGAGGUUGUGAAUCAUCAUAAGUAUCUAUCAUGCUCAGACUGUGGCAAAACUCUUUAGAACAAGCCUCCCAGUCUACUGGCUGGAAAAUGAUUUCCUUCCCAAGUCCUCCUGGAUGCCAUGAAGUUAGCUCACCUACUCCAAAUUGCAUCAAGCAGGCUUCCUGGCUUAGUUAAACUUUUUGCAGAAAUAAUGCUCUCCGAACACAGUUGAAAUCUUGGGCAUUGGGCGCCAGGUGGGAUAUGAAAAGCUCCACGGAGGCCUUGCCUGCCUGUGGUGAGAUGCAGGCUGGGCCUGAAGAAAUGGGGGUUGUGUUGCCUGGUUGACAGAAAGCUCUGGAAGAAAUGGUAGAGCUGCCUGUGGGCAGGAUUAUUUCAGACAGCAGGUGGGAAGUUGUGGGUAGGUAUCAGCCCCAUGAAGACAGUUGCUGACUAAGCAGGAAGGAAGCUGAAUGAGGGCUCUUCUUCCCCACCCUAAAAAAAUGGCUUUCCAAGUCCACAGAAGUGAGUGGUGGUUUUCUUUUUACUUUUUCCUUAAUAUAGGCUGUUCCUCCAAAUGCAGCCUGAUGAGCUACAGUCUGGCAGAGCAUCUUUAUCAUCUUAUCACUCUCUUGAAAAUGGGUGCAUCAUGUUUCAUUUAUUGUUCUCCAAGGGCUGACCAAAUGACUGUGGGAGAGGCAGGAAAUUGAUUUGUUGGUGGUGGAAUACAAAAAGGGGGCUGAUGUUUCCCCUUCCAAAUCCACAGUCUACUUCAAGCCUUGACAGGAUUCUAGUUGCCAACAACUUGCUGUAAGCCUAGGCUAUAAUUUGUGGUACAAUUUUGCUAACAAGUAUUUAAACUUCCUUGCCUGAAAUGCACAUAAUUUGAAGUUUUAUUACUUAAAAUAUCUUAGCCUCUCCUUAGGAAAUGGCAUCAUGCCAGCAGUUGAUUUUUUUUCUCAAGACUUUGUCUCAUCUCUGAUGCUGAAGGAUUUUAAGGUCUUGUCAGACUGCAGAAUCCUUGGCAAAUAUAGAAAACUUUAGCAAAGUUUGGGGUACUGGCAGAUUUGGACCCCUCUUUGAGGGAGGCCCCACUGUCAAUCUCUGAAGGUUUUGUCCAGGGCAAUGUAUUUUAAAACGUUAUUGAAAGUCUGCAACAGAUUGAGUGCAUUUCAUAAUUCAUUCUGUGAGCUUAAUUCCUUUCCAUAAUUUAUUCUGUUUCUCCAAAUCAUGGAGAAGGGUCCAAGAACUCUGUGGAACAUCAUUGUUACACUCCCAGCCACUGAGAAGCUUAUUCAGCUACCCUCACCCCCUCUGCAGCUUCCGAUCUUUCAGCAAACAUGUUCCAUACACUCCCAAGCAUAUUUUCUCAGGGCUGGAAACUUGCUUUCCUUAACAAUUGAAAGCUGAGGCUCUCAGAAUGCUGUCCAUUUGCCCCUGCGUGUUUAAAAUUUGAGGUGCAACUGCAACCACUCAAAAUGCCAUGUUUGGAGGGGGGGCGAGUUGUUUUAACUUCAGCUUGCAGAAAGCAUGUUUAUGAAAGUGAGCAGAACGAGCACAAGGCAUUUGGGGCCUGUGGGAAGAAAACACCCAUUGCCCUCCAUGCAGGCAGGCAGGGCAAAGAAUCAGGAGGGUCACCUGCACACAAGCCCCACUGAAUUGAAGGGGAGGCUUCAGAAAGGCUUGCACAGGAGGAGAGCAUCUGGAUAGAUAGUGUUGCUGUGCACAGAGGACCCUUUUGGUUCUCUGCCUCCAGCCCCCAAAUGCCUUGGCGAAGAGGUGACCUUGACAUUAAGAGUUUUAACAUCUUGGGCUUUUAUCACCUGCAGCGGUAACAAGAAAGCGAAGCAGACUUGGAAAAAUUUCCACAGACACCCCAUCACCUGAUCUCCUUGCAUGGCUCUUCUUGGGCAAUUAAAUUCCCCCCCCCCCCAAAGUGCUCUAAGAAUCUCUAAAGAGAAUUGUGACGUGGCAAACGCCUGUUUAGCAACUGAGCAUCUUUCCACGAGGAACCGCCGCCUUUGCCUUUAAAGUCCCCUGCCUCCAGUAAAUGACCCAAAUCCAAGCCUCGCCCCUGCUCCCAUUGGAAGAGUGUUAAAUUUCUCAUUUGCAAACCAUUGGGAUUCAAGACUUGCUUGCCAGCCUUGUUUCUGUUCUUCAACAAAACCACUAUUGACAUUGCCAAACUCUGAAUGUUGGUGUGAGCACCGAAGAUCUUCUGAAUGAUUCAGACACUUGUAUGGUGACAGAGACAAUGUGCUCCUGUUCACCUGUGCAAGGUCGCCUGUGCAAGGAAAAGCACCAAGGGAGUGCACACUCCGUCUUGAUGUUACACUGUAUGUACACUAUUUAUCUGGCCCACAAAACUGUUUUGUAUUUACCAUAAAUAAAACUUUUGAUGGCACGGCCUCUCUUUUUUCUUAGA